AAAAGAAGAAAAAGAAUAUAAAUUGUCACUGAUUGUCACUGUUAUGACAUUUUGGUUGUCAAUUCAAUCGUCAAACAAAUUGAAAAAACAAAAACAGUCUAGAAAAUAACUGUUUAUUUAAAAAAAAUAGGAUUUUUUCUUCCUUUUAUUUAAAGUAGGGUAUUUAUUAACAAGUGACUUACAUAGAAAGAACGGUGAUAGUAUAAAUUGAAAUGUUUACUAUAAUUAUAUACUAACCAUGGAUCACAGGAUUUCAAUGCUUCAAUAUUCAAACCAUAAUAAUGGAGAAUAAAAAUAUCAUAAACUUGUGUCGAAUUUGCCUUGAAGAAGGAGCUUCUCGUCUAAUAUUUGAAGCAAUAAAUAACCAAGAUAGUAUUUACUCCAAAAUUUCUAUGUGUAUGAAAGAAAAGGUUGAAGAUAUUGAAGGCUUUCCAAGAAAUAUAUGCAAAUUGUGUGACGAGACAUUAGAUACUCUAUGCAACUUCAUAAACAAAUACCAAGAAUCCUGUAAGAUAUUAGAAAAUGGAUUGUUGAUUUUAAAAAAUGAAAAUAUACAUUUAGAUCAUCAAUAUAGUGAUAAUGAACACUCCGAGAAUUUAAUAGAAAUAGAUGCAAUCAAAACUGAGUUAAAUGAUUUUGACGAUAUUGAUGAUAAUGAGUGUCUCGUUGAUCUCAUAAAACCAUUACAGCACAAAAAAGCCAAAACUAAUGUGAAAAAAGAAAUUGCUAAAAUUAAAGUAAAUAAGGAGAUUACAAUAAAAAAAGUAAAAUCUAAUUCUAUAAAUAAAACAAAUAAAAUAGCUACAUCACUAUUAGAAGGUGAAUUUAAUUGGACAGGAGAUAAAUGGUGUUUAAAAAUUGGAAAAAACUCUGAUAAUAUACAAACUAGACUUAAGAAAAGGUUACGAAUUCCUGAAAAACGUAAAAGAGAAGUGAAAUUGGAAAUACCAAAAAUUAAGAAACCAGAUCCUCCGAAGCUAUGCGACCUUUGUGGAGAAGUGUUAAUAAAUCAGGAUAAGUUGUUGAAACAUAAGAGGAAAGUGCAUUUCAAGAAACCAGUUAAAUGUCCGGAGUGCCCUAGGGUAUGUGCUUCUGAACAAGAUCUGAAGAGACACAGGAAAAGAAGACAUGAGAAAUGUAAAAACUACAUAUGUUCUGUUUGCGGUCACGCUUUUGCGUUCCAAGGAGAAUUGACAACUCAUAAUAAAAACGUGCACAACAAACACUUGAUACCGAAAAAGGUGUUUGCUUGUAAACAUUGUAAUAAGACAUAUAAAUGUGGCAAAUCUGUUCUAAUUCAUGAAAGAUCAGUACACACAGGCCAGAGACCAGCUGAGUGUAGUAUAUGUGGUUCAAGAUUUUUCCAUGAAGAUUAUCUGAAGGAGCAUAUGCGGCUUCACACUGGCGAGACCCCUUUCAAAUGUCCUAUUUGUGGCAGAGGGUAUGCUCAAAGAGGCAACAUGAAGAGUCACUUACGCAUCCAUAGAUUAGCAGAGAUAGACGCAGAGACUAUGAGUAAAAUGAGGCCCAAUUACUUAAAACUCUUAAAAGAUUUCAGAUGAUUUUUCAAUAAAAAAAAAUAAGCUGAUUUUAGCAUGAUAAUACAUUCAAACAGAUUUCGAUGGCAAUAUUGUCUUUCAACUAUGCAGGCAGAAAUUUUGCUAUGAAGAAAGAAGGGGGAUAAAAAAAUUUGUUGCAGAUUGAAUUAUUUACUACAAAAGAAAUUUAUAAACUGUUCAUAUUUUUCCAAGAUUUUAUAUAAGAGAAGUUAAUAUUUUAAUUAAGUUAAAAAAUUGUUAAUUAUUUUAAUUUUGAUUCAAGAGUAUUGGAGUGGCAUAAUCAUCUUGUCUUUAUAAGAACUGUUUUGAAAAUCAUAUAUUGAUUUUGAACGAUCGACAACU